AUGACAGACAUUGAGAAGAAAACCGACUUCGAUGAUGUGCUCUCCCGGCACACGGCAGAGUACAACUUGUCAGUCCAGAUGUCCAACCCACAAUUCCAGUCGCAGGCUGGUGAGGGCAGAGAGUUGAAAAAGGCAUUGGAGGCUAGACACUUGUCCAUGAUCGCCAUUGGCGGUGCAUUGGGUACCGGAUUAUUGAUAGGAACCGGUUCAGCUUUGAGAGCUGCUGGCCCGGGUGGAAUUUUUAUUGCAUACACGCUUAUUGGGUUUGUUGUUUUCAUGGUUUUGAGUGCUUUGGGUGAGGUUGCUACGUUCCUCCCAUUGGCCGAUGGCUUUGCAGGCUACAUGACCAGAUAUGUAGACGAGGCUCUCGGCUUUGCGUGUGGGUGGGUGUAUUUGAUCAAAUACUUGUUGCUUCCUGCGAACCAAUUGGUGGCAGGGUCUAUUGUGAUGUCAUUCUGGGUUAGUGUCGAAAAAGUCAAUGCUGGUGUGUGGAUAGCCAUCUUUUUGGUGAUCAUCAUCACAGUCAAUGUUCUUGGUGUCAAGUUCUUUGGCGAGAUUGAGUUCUGGUUGUCUUGCAUCAAGGUCCUCACCUGUAUCGGACUUAUCAUUUUGCUUUUGGUCAUUGCCUUGGGCGGUGCCCCUACCCACGACAGACUUGGAUUCCGUUUCUGGCAGGACCCGGGUGCGUUCAAGUAUUACGAAGACGCCUCCAGAAACAUUUUGAUCACAGGAGACAAGGGCCGUUUCUUGUCCUUUUUGUCGGUCCUCGUCACUGCCACGUUCGCCUACACUGGCUCUGAGUUGGUUGGUAUUACAUUUGCCGAAUGUGCUAGACCCAGACAGGCCAUUCCCAAGGCCAUCAAAUUGACAUUCUACCGUAUCUUGUUCUUCUACAUUUUGUCGAUCUUGUUCUUGGGAAUGUGCGUCGCCUACAACGACCCCUUGCUUUUGGGAGCAUCGGGCUCCACCGCUUCGGCUUCUCCCUUCGUCAUUGCCAUUAAGAACGCGAAAAUCGAUGGCUUGGACCAUGUGAUCAACGCAUGUAUUUUGAUUUUCGUUCUUUCCGCAGCCAACUCCGAUUUGUACAUUGCUUCCAGAACCGCAUACGGUCUUGCAAUUGCCGGAUACGCCCCCAAGUUCUUCGCGAGAACAAACAGAAUGGGCGUUCCAAUGUACGGUAUUGCUCUCGGAUCGCUUUUCAGUUGUUUGGCUUUCAUGGCCACCAACAGCUCGUCCAGUGACAUUUUCACGUACUUCAUCAACGUGGUGUCGUUGACGGGUUUGAUCACGUGGGCAUGCAUUCUUGUUCUCCACAUGCGUUUCAUGAAGGCCCUCAAGGUGCAAGGAUUUGACAGGAAAAGAGACUUGUGCUACCGCUCGCCACUCCAGCCCUACGGCACAUACGUGGCGUUUUUCCUUUGUUGCGUCAUUAUCCUCAUCAAGAACUACACGGUAUUUUUGGGCGAUGACUUCCCAUACAAGACGUUCAUCACCGGAUACAUCAUCCUCCCCGUCUUUUUCAUCGCAUACAUUGGAUACAAGCUCAUCAAAAAGACCAAGUUCCGCAAGCCCGAGGAAAUCGACUUGGUCACUUACAGAGAUGUUGUUGACGCCGAGGAGGAGAGGUUUAAGGAGAGGGACGAGGAGCAGAAGGCCAUCCGUGAAGCCGAGGGCAACCCCAAGGACAUCAAGUGGUUUUACGAGAAAUGCUUUGGCUGGAUUUUUUAG